AUGGAGUUCAAUUAUUUGAUAACAAAGAAGAAGCUUGAAGGAGAGGAUUUCCUUGAUGUGCUUAACGCAUGUACAGAAAAGCAGACUGCGGCCUUGGGUGAUUGCAACAUGCGAAAUCUCAAGCGAGGAGAUAUCUUGCAGCUUGAGAGGAAAGGAUAUUUCCGAUGUGAUGUUCCCUACGUCAGGCCUUCAAAGCCUAUAGUUCUCUUUGCAAUCCCCGACGGCAGGCAGCAUACUGGGUUUAAUUGA